AUGUCACCAUCAAAGCAGCUUAAAUUACCAGAAUCGAUAAAAACAAAGAAAAAAGACCGCCGCAAGAACACCCAAGAUGGCGACGAUGAAACAGAAAAUAUGUUGGAUGGCCUUUCCGAUCAAGAAUCAGUUUCAUCCAAGUACUCAGACUCCCCAAUUAUGGAAAGGAGCCUCCAUAAGAAGCCACAGGAGUUGAGAGCCACGAUAAAGGCAGACUUCCAUCGCAUAGAUGGUGACCUCAGAAAAGAAAUAGCAAGCGUGGGUGAAAGAACCAGCCAUCUUGAAAACAAGACGGAAGAAUUAUGUACUGCCCACAAUGAAGUUGUGGACAAACUUCAAAAAUUGGCAGAAGAAAACUAUACACUAAAAUUAAAACUGGCUGACCUGGAAGACAGAUCGAGGAGACAAAACAUCCGUUUCCGAGGUAUACCUGACGUUGUCUCCCAGGAUGCCCUUUCGGCCUAUAUUCUCUCCAUAUGUAGGUCCCUGGUCCCUGACUUACUUGACUCUGCAUGGGCUUAUGAUCGAAUGCAUAGACUUCCAUGA